AAUCCAAUUAAGCCGUUAACAUCAAUCAGUUUAACUUACAACUCCACAAAACCGUUUAAAACACGAAACAUCAUCUUAAAUAUCUCCUUCUCUCUGUUUGGUUCCCGAGAAAAUAAAACCCUCAGCAAUUUCAAAAUCACCCCCCAAAGUUCUCUCCGCCGCCAAACACAGUCUGUUCUGUUUAAGAUGACUUUAGUUCUAAACCAUAGCGUCACCUCUUCCUUCUCUAAUUUCUUCAAAAUCUCAAGCCUUAAAAAUCACCCACGAACCUACUAUGGUAAAUAUACUAUGGCAAUUAAUAAACCAACAGGAAGUAAGGAUCUUUGCAAUGAAAUUGAGUCUUUGAAAUUUACUUCUCUUGUAAAUACUAUAGCAGUGGCAAAUUUGGUUGCAAUUGACUCUGCAAAGGCUUUAAGUGAAGAUAAUAUUUUGGAAGGAGCUGCUUCACUUUACACUUUGGCUGAUGGAAGUUCUGGAGAUUGGUUUGGAGGUCUACUAUAUUCAGCUGGCCAACAAGCUAAUGAAGCCGUUCAGGGCCAAUUAUCAGCUCUCAGUUUUACUAGUUUGGCUGUUAUUUUUGGGGCUGGUCUUGUAACAAGCCUUUCACCAUGUACACUAAGUGUUCUGCCAUUAACACUUGGAUACAUUGGUGCAUUUGGUUCAGGCAAGGGCAGAACUGAGGUAAUUGUAAAUUCAAUGGCUUUCUCACUAGGAUUAGCGACUACAUUAGCACUCCUGGGUAUAGGAGCCUCCUUUGCUGGGAAGGCAUAUGGACAGAUAGGGCAAGGGUUGCCACUGGCUGCUUCUGGUUUGGCUGUUAUCAUGGGUCUUAAUCUACUUGAGGUCAUCGAGUUACAACUUCCCUCUUUCUUUAGCAAUUUUGACCCUCGCACUGCAGCUGCCAACUUGCCAUCAGGUGUGCAAGCGUAUUUAGCUGGGCUUACAUUCGCAUUAGCUGCCUCACCUUGCAGCACACCAGUGCUGGCCACUUUGCUGGGAUACGUAGCCACAUCCAAGGAUCCAGUAAUAGGAGGCAGCUUACUCUUGACAUAUACAACCGGCUAUGUUGCUCCUCUACUUCUUGCCGCUUCUUUUGCUGGAGCAUUGCAGAAUCUGUUGUCGUUCAGGAAAUUCUCAGCAUGGAUCAACCCGGUGAGUGGUGCGCUUCUACUCGGUGGGGGUGUAUAUACUUUCUUGGAUAGGCUUUUCCCAGCUACUACGAUGGCCAUGUAAAGGAAUGUCAUUCUCUGUGAUCAAAAUAAACACGAGGUAAAAUUGAACUACAAACAAUUAUACAUAAAUGUUGGAUCAACGUUAUCAGUAUUUCAUGUUCUUUCUCUUUUACAGAUCAUUUGAUUUUAUAAUGAAUCUCUCUUUUACAAA